GAUCGGAGGUUAAUUUUAACGGUAAAUGAAUAUAUCGUACCGUUGUGAGAUUGUGAGACAACAGGUGCGGUACGUACAGUUGUACGGUAAGAGAACGAGUCUCCUCAUAACGUACCGGUACUGGUACUUGUCCUGUACAAGAUGCCUGUUGAACAUUAAAACCCUUUGAUGAACACUCAAAUCACGAAGGUUGGAGGUGAUUGAGAGAGAAUGGGCUCGAAUGAUAUAUGAAUGAUUUCUGAAUGGUAAUAUUAACACGACAAUUAUGAAUAUGGAAUAUGCAGAAGAGGAAGUCAAUCCUCUCUUAACCUCGUCCGGGCCUCGGAGAAGAGCGCCUAUUCCCCAAGGGGCACCGAUACAAAAUUUAUAUUCCAGUUCUGCUUCAGGUGAAGACUUUUCUAAACGAGAUCACAAACGACCGCUCAUCCAACGAUGUUGUACAACUUGCACUGGCUAUGCUUGUGCGAGACCAGAAUUAGACUCCAACGGAAUGUAUUAUGAAGAUACAUACAAUGACGAGCCAUGGGACUGUACGUUUGGCACAAGUAGUGAAAAUGGGGUUUGGGUGAAUUUUGGAGAUCAAGUGGGGACAUGCAUGGGCUCAAUGGUUUGGAUACUUAUAAUCUAUAGUGUCUUGACUAUUUCUUUAUUGGCUCAAAAUCAAAAGCUACCGAAUGGUGUCGCCAUGUUAUACAGUACCAUUUCUGCUCUUGCACUUGCUUGUCACGCCAAAACAACCUUCACGGAUCCUGGCUCGAUACCACAAGAAGCUGUGCCGAGAGAGGCAUUAUUUCGAAAGGGUAUCACUACUCAUACAAUGUGCAGUCAUUGUCAAACAUAUAAACCUCCACUUUCUCAUCAUUGCAGGAUCUGCAAUCGGUGUGUCAGUCGCAUGGACCAUCACUGCCCAUGGAUGAACAAUUGUGUAGGAGCAAACAACUUCAGUGAGUAUUUGUCGAUGAUGACCAAAAAGUCUAUUCUGCAAAAUUACUGCAAGAGAAAUGGAAUGGAUCACAUCUCGCUGCGUCUCCUGAUAAUUAUUCCGUUCCGUACUCAUCUCGUUUGCAUGAAUUUUCAGAACACUUCAUUCUUUUCCUCUGCUACACAUGGAUCGGGUGCGCAUUUGCAUUAAUCGUUUUCGGUUUGAACUACUUUUUUUGCAACAGCGAGGAAUGCACUUUCGAUUCCAUUUUGAUUUCUUUAGUUCGAGUGAUGACUGUUAUCGCUGUUGCUACCUUGCUCUUUGUGAGUUCCAUGAUCAUGAAUGUGACGUACGGAAUUAUGACGGGCGUUGGCACUAUCGAUCGUCUCAAAAAGAAGGCGAACGAUAUGGUAGGAGAAGGCGAAGAGGAACCUUUAAAGCUAAAGUCAAUAUUUGGUAUUCAGGGGUAUUGGACAUGGAUUUUACCAAUUGACCCGGUAUUUGAAGAUCAUGAUUUAGUCUUGGGUUACAGUAUCCCGUCACGUCUUAUGAGGGAAAAACAACGUGAGGUGAACAAUACUGUUUGAACUCAGAGAGGUGAUUGAUUUUGAUCAUUGGCUUCUAUGCAAAAUCUUUGACGAACGCUAAAGCACAAGUAUUGUAUGAAACCAAGGGCAUUCGAGGAAAUUUGUAUUUCAUAGGUCCUAUUCUUACUCCAAUUUAGGCAAGUUAUGAAAACAAACAAUCUUUUGGCGAAACUACAAGCUCGAUCACUUAUCGUAAAGACUGUUGUGACAGAGCGCACUCAAAACAUGCAGUUGCCUCGCUGCUGUUACAGAACUACUGAUACACAGGCGAUAAAGACCGACUGGGAAAUUGUGUCUAUCCAACACAAAAGCGUAGUAUUAUUAUUUUGUUGUUUUUUAAACCGUACGCGCACUCGUACUAUGCAUCAGUUCUAUCAAGAGUCCCUCUCGAAGAAUUAUCGCUCAAUUAUUUCGUGACAUUUAAGAAAGUAGUCUUUCAAAAAUAUCACUUUAUUUCGUCCCUCAAAUGGCAGAUUCUCAGUUUCGAACAGAACACCCGGCGGUGCCUUGUUGCGCAAUAGGUAAUGACAAAAGGUGCUGUAGGAUCGAAAUGGAUCUACUGAUCCUGUCUGUUUUCGCAUUGCCUUCCGCUCUACAUUGAGGUUGCGAAAGACACAACAAGGCAGGAUUGCAAAUGGCUUGCCAAGACGCAAACUCGUGUCGAUCACGGCUUCGGUUGCUUCGUCUGGAUGCAUUCCAGUAAUCAUUGAGCACGUCUCGACAAGAUAUUUGAUUUUCUGUUUCUUGUGAUCGGUUUUGAUGGUUCCAUCAUUGUCCUUGCUGCUUUGAUGUUCUCCUGUGAGUUCUGAUCCGUUGCCAAGGAGCGGUUCGUCUAUGACUUGAAAGGGAACCGUUUCAACGUUGCAACGGGGUUCCGGAUCUAACAAGGUCGAAGAGACGCCCAAUUUCCAUAACUCAUGGCCAAGCGUCCCAUUCCCACCAGCAACAUCAAGCACUCCAGAACCAGUCGAGAGGAAGUCGGCACCAUAUGUCUUUACCAACCAUUCUGCGAAUAUACGGUGGCGUUCUUUCCGAUCCGCGCGAGCUAGAUUCGAUUGCAUAACAUUUAUUUUUCUACCGCCUCCGGAAUCGAUCUGGUCGGCAUGGCUAACACCAUUCUGAAUAUCGACGAUUUCAUAACAUUCCAAUAGCAGUGCUCCUUUGUUGUUGGCUUUUCUAACGAGGAGGUCCUCGUUUAUUACAACCUUACAGACGACUGGUAUAGCUCGGGCAAGCUGAACCCAUCCGGUUGAACUGUUAUUGUCAUUUUCCUGGCAUGUUCCGCCACUACUGCCCGUUCCAUUCAUACUUUCGCCAUGUAAGGUUUUCAGCAAGGAUAAAACAUUGGUCCGAACGUGUAACCAGCACCGUUCACCAUAUUCAAUUAAUCCUGCCGUCAAGUUUCUAUUUCUUUCUAGGAUUGUUGAUGGCAUUGACUUUCGAUCGACAUCUUUUAUCACUCCAUCGAGAAGCGCGAGUGUGGUAGGGUAAAAUUUGGAUUGAUCCAUUAGCAUAGUGACCUUUAUAGUGGGAGGGUCGCAUAUUUGAGUAAUUCCUCUUUGAGAGCGUAGCAUCCAAGCCCCGGGAACGCUUCUACACUUUUCCAAUGCUCCAGUGAUCGAAGUCAAAUCCACAUCGAUGCGGAACGUUACCCGAUAUUCUGCGAUUUCGGUCCAAUUCGUGCUCUUUUUCUUCUCUCUGUAUUCGCUGGCCCACUUUUUCAUCAAAUAGGGUAUCUGACCGCUGGAUGAACCCACAUGCACCAGACAGCGAGUGUCGAUUUGCAACUCGUUUCGAAUGUGCUCAAAGUCAGGAUGAUCAACGACAACUUCUUGGUCGUGAGAGAUGCGCGAUUGGAUGGCGGAAGUAUCAUCUUUAGUUUCAUUCAAUUGUGAUGUUGUCGCCGAAAAUGGUUUCGAUGCCACCUCUGAAUUUUCGCCAGACGAUAAAACAGGAAUUGAAAC